AUGGACUUCAGCAGGGAGGUGGCCCGGCAGACCAGCUGUUACACAUAUGUGAUCGAGGACGAGGAUCCAGCGCUGGCAAAACUGGAUGUAUUCGAGUUGGCAGAGAAGGGUGACCUGGCUCUCCUGGAGAACCUGGUGAGGAAGAGCCCAGAGGUGCUGAGUGAGAAAGAUGAAUGUGGAGCGAGUCCCCUUCAUCACGCCGCCGCAGGAAACCACAUCGCCCUCAUCCAAUGCAUCACGUCUGUCAUAGACUCGCAGGGUCUGAACAGCUGUGAUGAGCAGGGCAACGUGCCGCUCCACUGGGCGGUGGAGAGGAACAAGGCAGAUAGCUGCAGGGCUCUUCUGGACCUGGGGGCCGACCCCAACAUCCUCAACAUGGCCCUCCUGUCCCCUCUGCACCUGGCUGUCAGCCUCGGACACAACAAGCUGGUGGAGCUACUGCUGUCCUACAGCGCUACAAACUGCAAUCUGCAGGGAGACCUUGAGAACACCCCAGUGAUACUCGCCUGCUCCAUCAAUAACUACGAGGCUCUCAGCACAUUGAUAAAGCAUGGAGCGUUCCUCUGCAAACAGAACAAGCUCGGCCAUUUCCCCGUGCACGCAGCUGCCUUCGCAGGUGCAAAGAGAGCCCUGCAAGUGAUCCUGAAGGCCGGAACGAAGUCGGGUCACGAAAUUGAAGCUCACAUCAACUAUUUAGACAAGGCAAACAGCAGUCCGCUCCAUCUGGCUGUACGUGGCGGGAAUAUCGAGGCCAUCGCUUUCUGCAUCGCUACCGGGGCCAAAGUUGACCAGCAACAGCACGACAGGUCCACACCGCUUCACCUGGCCUGCACUCAGGGAGCCACUGAGGUGGUCAAACUGAUGCUGUCCUCCGUCGACCAAGUGGAAGACAUCAUCAACCUGACUGACGGGGCGUGUCAGACUCCUCUGCACAGGGCUACAGUAUUUGACCACAUAGAGCUGGCCGAGUACCUAAUUUCUCUGGGUGCAGACCUGAACAGCAUCGAUUGUAAAGGAAACUCUCCUUUACUGCUGGCUACGAGCUGUGCAGCGUGGAGGACUGUGGCUCUGCUGCUGUCCAAAGGGGCAAAUGUGAACAUGAGAGACAGAUGCGGCUGUAACUUCCUUCACCUGGCCAUUCUCCAGCCCAAAGGUCUGAAAAAUGUCCCAGAAGAAGUAUUGCAGCUUGGCGGUGUGAAGGCUCUGCUGAGCUGUGAGGAUAAUGAGGGGUGCACCCCGCUCCACUACGCUUGCAGGCUGGGUGUCCAUGACUCAGUGAAGAACAUGCUCGGCCUCUCGGGGCAGGUCGGCCUCGCAUGCAAGUCCAAGGACAAAAAGUCUGCGCUGCACUUUGCUGCUCAGUAUGGCCGCAUCAAUACGUGUCAGCGAUUACUGGAGACCAUCACAGACUCUCGCCUGCUGAAUGAAGGUGACGAGCGAGGCCUGACACCGCUCCAUUUGGCCUCAAGAGGGGGGCACACCAAGGUGGUGCAGCUGUUGCUGCGCAAAGGAGCUCUCUUUCACAGUGAUUAUAAGGGCUGGACAUGUCUGCAUCACGCUGCAUCUGCAGGAUACACACAAAGUAUGGAAAUUCUCCUGUCAGCGAAUCUCAAGUUACUGGAUAAAACCGAUGAGGACGGGAACACUGCACUGCACAUCGCAGCCAGAGAGGGACACGUGGUUGUGGUCCGGCUGCUGCUGGAAAGCGGAGCAAUGCUCACCUUAAACAAGAACGACAUGUCGUUCCUCCACGAAGCUCUGCAAAACAUGAGGAAAGAUGUGGUCAAUGCUGUGAUUGACAGCGACAGAAUUACUGAAUCUUUGAUGCUGUUCAAACCCGGCUCGAGCCGCGGAUGUGCCAUACUAGGCAUGAUUGAGUUUCUGCCUGAGAGCUACAAGCACCUAAUGGACCGCUGUGUGAUAGAAUCUGAUGACGACCACAACAGUCCUGACUAUCAUAUUGAAUACAGUUUCAAAUGGCUCCAAGCUCCAAUUGCGAUGAUGAAGCUGACCGAUAAGACCAUGAGGGUUCAGCCGCUCGCUGCACUCAACGUGAUGGUGAAGUACAACCGCAUGGAACUCCUCAACCACCCUGUCUGCAAAAAGUACCUCGCGAUGAAGUGGUUUGCUUACGGGAGCACGGCCCACGUGCUCAACAUGUUCUUGUACCUGUUGGGGCUGCUGCCCCUCACUCACCUGAUCGUGAAUCUGAGGCCCAGUCUGAACGCCACCGACAAGGCCGAGCACAGUAUCGUCAUGGUGAACGCAUCUUUCAGAGAGCAGAGCACGUUCGUGUCCAUCUGCAUGGGGAUGGUCUUGGUUAUGAACAUCUACUUCAUACUGAAGGAGUUGGUGCAGAUAUCACAACAGCGCUGGAGUUACUUCAAGGAUUAUUCCAACCAGAGCGACUGGUUUUCUGCCAUCUUCUCCCUCCUCUUCAUCAUCCCCACCAUGCUCAACACAGUGGGCUCUUUGCACUGGCAGGCCGGAGCUCUGGCAGUUUUAAGCUCCUGGAUUGGAUUCCUGCUUUAUCUCCAGAGGUUUGAGGGUGUCGGCAUCUAUGUGGUGAUGUUCUGGGAGAUCAUGAGGACACUGUUCCGUAUUGUGAUGAUCUUCAUGUACCUGGUGUUGGCGUUCGGCUUGGCGUUCCACGCUCUGAUGCUCAACCAGAAAGAGUUCGAUACCGUGCCGCUGUCAGUCAUACAAACCUUUGUGAUGAUGGUCGGGGAACUCAACUACCAAAACAACUUCCUGGACUCCUAUCUGAAGCACGAGCUUCCUUUUGCUCCGCUGACUUUCAUUAUUUUUGUGUCCUUUGUUCUGCUGAUGCCGAUUCUGCUGGUGAACCUGAUGAUCGGUUUAGCAGUAGGAGACAUCGCAGAAGUGCAAAGAAAUGCUGCCCUGAAAAGAAUCGGCAUGCAGAUCGAGCUUCACACGGCGCUGGAAGACAAGCUGCCGUACUGGUUCAUGAAACGAGUGGACAAACCCUCCAUCACCAUCUACCCCAACCGCCACUGCUCCGGGAACUCUAUCAAGCAGUUAUUCACAGGUGACGAGGAGCCGCACGACGCCUGGAGUCGCCAGCAGAUCAAAUCCCAGCACUGCAGCGUGCUGGAGAACGAGCUCAAGAAACAGAAGAGCAGGAUGAAGGAGGUGUCGAGCAUGAUGGAGAAGCAGCACAACCUGCUGAAGCUCAUCAUCCAGAAGAUGGAGAUCACGUCGGAGGAGAACGAGUACGACGGCCCCGUGAACAUCAGAGGCAACAUGUGGCGCAGCCUGAGUCAGGUGAAGCCCGGAGGACGCCAGUCGCGCUGGGUCCCGCUGAUGAAGGCUCUCGAGAGCAAGAAACCCGAAGACUGGGAGAAAAAGAAAACGUCUUAAUACAGCAACAAGUUUACAAAGUGAAUUAUCACUAUGAUGGUGUUAAGAUUUAUAACUCAUAUUAAAUACAUAUUGUCACUUUGAUGAAGAGCUUUUAACUGCUUAACUAUUGUGUGGUUUGUUACUGAAUACUGUUGCGUGAUGUUACUGUUCAUGUUGUAUUGUAGGCUGAAGCAGGAAGUUACACUCGUGAUCCUUUUGUGGUGUGAAAAUAAUGUUUGAAUUAUCACAGACAGAAUUGAAAGCUGCAGUGAGAGCUGUGUGGAGGACGUACUGUGGCAUGUCAGUUUCAAUAAGGAUCUGUAGGAGAGAGAGAGAGAGAGAGAGAGAGAGAGAGAGAGAGAGAGAGAGAGAGAGAGAGAGAGAGAGAGAGAGAGAGAGAGAGAGAGAGAGAUAGAUUAUAUUGCUAAUUGGAUUAUGACUGGCUGAAGUUAAAGCAUUUAAUGAGCUAAAAGUGAGUAACAAUGAGACACAACUGACUUUUCCUUUGACUUAUCUAAUAUAUGACUUGUAUUGAUGCAUUAUG